CAUUGAAACCGACGGUAGAUAGCGAACUCGUUUAUGGUUGGCAAACAAUAAACGUGUCGCGCAUAGUUUCUUUACAAUUCACACAUCUGCUAUAGUGAUUAGCAGUGAAGAUUCCGCUCAGUGUGGAGUGAAAUUGAGGAUUGUGGCACAGCAGAACGGAAUCGCAUAGAACUCAACUAACCUGCACUACUAGUCACAUGCAAGACAGCAACGGCGACACAGAAUGAGUGACACGAAACUGAAUUUUCCCUCCUUCGUAGAAGAAACGGUUAACAAAGUAGCCCUGGAACUAGGCUUCACUCCGGGUCGGUACACGAUCACGUACGAGGCUGGAAGUAGCUGCGAUGGUUUAGUAGGUGAACUACAUCAAGCUGUCAUUACGGAAGAUGCACGAACGGAGAGUCUGUUCUGUAAAAUUCCACCCAUGGAUCCGGUAAGGCGCGAUCAGUUUAAUACGAUGAAACUUUUCCAACGGGAGGUCAUAUUGUAUGGAGAAGUUCUUCCGGCUAUGUACAAAUUUCAACGAGACAGAGGCGUAUCGGAAGCGGAAGGAUUUUUCAAUACACCAAAAUGCUACUCCACUUACUUGGAUCUUGCCAAAGAAGAAUCACUGAUUCUGAUGGAGAAUUUAAGUAUGAAGGAAUUGCGUUCAUGGGAUAAACUAAAAUCGGUAGAUUUCGAUCACGCUCGGGCGCUUAUGAUCCAUCUGGCCCGAUUCCAUGGACUGUCUCUCGCAUUGAAAGAUCAACAACCAGCUGUAUUUGAGAAAAUUAAGCUACCUGAUGUGCUGCUUCCAUCCGUCAGUAACAGCCCGCAGUUAGUGGCAAUGUUUGAAGCAUCACUGGAUAAUGCUAUCUCACUGUUAGGUGCAGAAUACCAUGAAGCGAAAUCGAAAAUGGAAUUCUUAAAAGAUAAUUACUUGUCAAUUGCGGAAUGCUGUUUGGACGGGAAAAACGCAGAGCCGUAUGCCGUGCUGAACCAUGGCGAUUGCUGGGUCAACAACAUCAUGUACGGAUACAAGAAUGCACUACCUCAUGAAUUGGUUCUAAUAGACUGGCAACUUGCCCGGUACGUAUCACCCGCUCUAGACGUACUGUAUUUCUUAUUCUGCUGCACCGACGAGGCAUUCCGGGAGCAACACUUUGACGAAAUGUUACGAAUUUAUCAUUCAUCCAUAAGCCAAAUACUUCACAGAUUAGGAUCCGAUCCCAUCGAACUGUUUCCGUUCUCGGCAUUACAGGAUCAGUUGAAGAGGUUCGGACGGUUUGCCGUCAUCAUGGGUGCAUUUGACAUUCCAAUACUUUGUACCGAACCGGCGGAUAUGCCAGCGCUAGAUGGUGAUCUGUCGGAAGCUUUUGCAUCUUCUCCAGAAGCUCAGCAGCGUUACGCCACUCGAAUGUUGGGUGUCAUUCAUGACGCGAUAAGGUACGGUUAUCUAUAGUUAAUCAAGCGAAAUAAACAUUAUGAUUAUGAA